GGUUGCGAGGUGGUGAGUUGAAGGCGAGUGAUUCUGCAUCAGCGAAACUCCGCUCUUUUUUUUCCUUUGCCCAUCGUCUUUCUGUGAGUCUUCAUUUUUCGUUCACCGCCAUCUUCCGCGUCAGCCGUCAGCCGCAAUGUUUCUCGUGGGGAUGUUUUGAAAAAGGACUGCCACCGGACCGGGAUCGUCAUCAGCUGGCACGGAAUGAUAUUUACGAGCAGACAUUUCUUAUAUAACUGCAGCCAACCGAUCCUGGAUGUGAAGAUAGCCUUUUGUCAGGGUUUUGGAAAACAAGUGGAUGUGUCAUACAUCGCCAAACAUUACAACAUGAGUAAAAGCAAAGUGGACAACCAGUUCUACUGCGUGGAAGUGGGAGACUCCACUUUCACAGUUUUAAAACGUUACCAGAAUUUAAAGCCCAUUGGCUCUGGAGCUCAGGGGAUUGUCUGUGCCGGCUACGAUGCCGUCCUGGACAGAAACGUGGCCAUCAAGAAACUGAGCAGACCCUUCCAGAACCAGACCCACGCCAAGAGAGCGUACCGGGAGCUGGUGCUCAUGAAAUGUGUCAAUCACAAAAAUAUCAUCAGUUUAUUAAAUGUCUUCACACAACAGAAAUCAUUAGAGGACUUCCAGGACGUGUACCUAGUGAUGGAGCUGAUGGAUGCCAACCUGUGCCAGGUGAUUCAGAUGGAGCUCGACCACGAGAGGAUGUCCUACCUGCUCUACCAGAUGCUGUGUGGUAUCAAACAUCUGCACUCAGCCGGCAUCAUUCACAGGGACCUCAAACCAAGCAAUAUCGUGGUGAAGUCCGACUGCACCCUGAAGAUCCUGGACUUCGGACUGGCCAGGACCGCCGGCACCAGCUUCAUGAUGACCCCCUACGUGGUGACUAGAUACUACAGAGCCCCGGAGGUUAUCCUCGGCAUGGGGUACAAGGAGAAUGUGGACAUGUGGUCAGUCGGCUGCAUCUUUGGAGAGGUGAUAAGAGGGACGGUGCUGUUUCCAGGGACUGACCACAUCGACCAGUGGAACAAGGUGAUCGAGCAGCUGGGCACGCCGCAACUGGAGUUCAUGAAGAAGCUUCAGCCCACGGUGAGGAACUACGUGGAGAACCGGCCAAAGUACGCGGGCCUCACCUUCCCCAAGCUCUUCCCCGACUGCCUCUUCCCGGCCGACUCUGAGCACAACAAACUCAAAGCCAGCCAGGCCCGAGACCUGCUGUCUAAGAUGCUGAUCAUCGAUCCCGCUAAACGGAUAUCGGUGGACGAAGCCUUGCAGCACCCCUACAUCAACGUGUGGUACGACCCAGCUGAGGUGGAAACGGCCAGAGAUCUCAUCCAAAUAUCCAUGCCUCCACCUCAGAUCUACGACAAGCAGCUGGAUGAAAAAGAACACUCCAUAGAUGAAUGGAAAGAACUCAUUUACAAAGAGGUGAUGAACUUUGAGGAGAGAACGAAGAAUGGCGUAGUGAAGGGACAGCCUUCACCUUCAGGUGCAGCCGUGAACAGCAGCGAGAGCCUCCCUCCCUCCUCCUCCAUAAACGACAUCUCCUCCAUGUCCACCGACCAGACCCAGGCCUCAGACACCGACAGCAGCCUGGAGACCUCUGCGGGACCCCUGGGGUGUUGCAGGUGACUAGCUGCCUGCCUGCGCAACCCCACGUUCUUCCGACGGUGAAGAACCCCAACCGGACAUGACCGACUGAGAAAACACACACAACAACAACAACAAAAAAGAUCCAAAUGAGUACAUUAAGAACAAAAACAGGAGUCAUGGAAACACUGAAUCGUAAAUGAUGAAAUCUAAAGCCUGUGCGUGAACAGCAGUUGUAUUUAAACUGAAGUAAAUGAGAUAUAUGGUAUAACCCUCUAGUUGCUUUGCUUAUAUUAUCCCACAUAUCUUGCACAUGGCAUACAAACAAAAAGGACCACAUGCUUCGACUAUAAAGUGCAUAUGGCUGCUGGUCUCCCAAAUCCUGACAGAAGCAUUUCUGCUCCAAUCACCGUGGCGAGGUGGGCGGCCAUUUUGCUCAUCACUCCCGUAAAAUACGUUCUCCCUCGCCCCGUUUCCCUCAUCGAACCCCGAUGUAUUGACACUGCUGUAUCCUAACCUCUCGUGCACAACCCCCAAUGUAAGGUUGCCUGAUUAGUGUGUUUUCAUGUGGUUAUCCUGCAGGGAUGUGUAGUCGCUCUCCCCCGGGGCGCCGCUUCCUGCGCUACUUGUAAAUAAUGUAAUUAUGUACAGCUGAAGGGCACACGGAGUGGGACUGGAGGCCAGUGCACUGGAAGGGCUCUUUUUUUUUCUUCUGACGAGCGCACCUUGCCACAUCACCGCUUCCCCCCCCCCCCCCCCCCCGCCUAUUGCCGUAGUCCUGCAUGAUUAGAGUUAACUCGAUGCUAAUCUCACUGUAUGCUCAAAGGAGUCUGUGUACAGACUUUUGUUUAUAUGCGAUGUAAACUAACUCAACUCCAGACAUGGGGGGGGGGGGGGGGGCGGGGUCAUAGGAUAGGACGAUUGAUACUGAUAGUGAGUGUGUGUGUGUGUGUUAACCACAGGCAAGCCAUUGAGACGUUAGUAAAUGUCAGGGCUGAGUUCGGGACUUAAAGGGCCAGUACACUCUGAAAUUAAUUAUUUUGAUUGUGCUCAGACUUCAUGAAAUUAGCCUUAAGGGGUUUAAGUAGUCUGAUUUGUGUGUAAUGUUCCUUUUUAUUUCUCCUGGCAGUGUAUAACCCUCUCCCCCCCCCCCCCCCCACACACACACGCUGUUCCACGGCCCUGCAUGUCAUUGUGUACCAUUAACCCGUCAUCGGCCCAGGCGGUUGGUCUGUUUGCCUGUGGUGUUUCCACGAGGAGAUGAUUGUUAUUUACUUGAUAGUCUGACACACGGAAGGCUUUUAGAAAAGGACACGCGUGAUAGAGUGAGGAGUUUAACAUGCGGGCGUUGAGCGUUAACCUCGUGGCCAUGCAGAGACCGUAUGGAGGGAACCCAACCGCGAUGUUGACGACAUCACUUCUUAUCUGGAAGAUUUAUUUAUUGAAUUAUUUAUUUUCACAGAUGGAACCUGAACAGGGCAAGUGCCUUUUUGGAAUGAAGCAUUGCAAGUGCAGAAAUUAUAUUAUUUUGCGUAUUUUUUUCCCCCUAUGCUUCAUCUUUUUCUGCCUUAAAAAUAUCCGAAAUCCCCGAGAUUUAGCCAGUGGCGUGAAAUCAAAUCACUUUCUUCAGAUUGUAAGGCUAAAGACAAACUAUGCUAGUUUUUACACAACAUGUAAGGUUCCGGCCAUUUUGCAUUUUGAUUUAAUCUAAUUUCUCCUCCAAAUUAAUCCCAGUAAAAUGAUGUCAUCAGAUUUUCUCAAACUGGGACCCGAGCACACAGACUGUCGUCCACUGUGGUCCACAUCCAACCAAAUAAUUAAUUACAUUUAAGGUGUUCCUGCAGAUACUAACUCUUUUCUUUUUUCGUCAUGUUUUUGAUACAAACCACUCCAACUAGAAGGUGUUUACUUGACCAUGUGUGAUUUAUUCUCAGUUAAAUAGUUCAAAUUUUCUUGGUUUCCACUGCCAUAUUCCGUGUGGGCAAAGAACCAUCAACAGCUGCUGGGUUACAAAAUAAAAUUUUUACAAAGCAAAGAAAUCAUUUCCCUUCUCAUAAUCCUUCAGUCGGAUCGGAAAGACUUUCCACAAACUGUGAGCUGUGUUUGUUGUUUUUGGAGACGUCUCUCCGCUUUAUGCAUAUUUUGCAGAGUAGAUUAGCUUCUCACCGUCACCACUUGACAAUCAGGUCACUGACAGCAUACAAAGAUUUUACACUGUUUGUUUCCAGCCUCUCGAAAACACUCUUUUCAUUACUUUCUCUUUCCUGCGUAUGGAAACUGCAUGACUCAAACAUCCGCUAUGUAAGAAUAACGGUCCAACGGCAGCCAUGACAUGGUGAAGACAUCCUCCUCCAGGUGUGAUGACAGCACCGCUCAUGGCUGUAAUGUUUUCUGACGGUCUAGCUGCGUCUCUGGUUCACUUUCUGCAUGGAGUUACCUGAAGCACCCCGUCUCAGAAUGAAAUGCAUAACUUCUAACGGCUACUUUGUCAACACUCUUCCCGCCUGUGUACCACACGCCGACAUACAGUAGCUUAGCACAGCUGAAGGCUAACUGCGGCUAGCUCGGCGCUCUCUGUUCGGGGUUCCGGCGCCAGCUCAAUCUUUCAAAAAUACAAAAUACAGGGUGCAACUUUGACAUUUUUUUACGUAAAAAAAAAAAAAAAAAGUCCAGAUGAAUCUCUCAGAGAAAAGGGUCUGAGGGUUUAUGGCGUUAGCAUUGCAGAUGCUACUGCAGGGCAUCCAUAUCCAUCUGAAUUCUUCUUUUCCAAAUUCCGGAUACCGAAACAUUCUUUCCUUUUUUUAUUUCCCUCUGAAUGUGAUCUUUUAUUUUUUUACAAGACAUCCCUCCAGACAAUUCUGUUGUAAUUUUAAAGGUGCUUUUGAUUCUGCGUGAUGAAGUAGAGAUGAGUCGAACGGCCGGCUCGUCAGCACUGAAUGUAGAAAUGAAAUGUUUCUCUUCUCACGUCAACCGCUGCUCUGCAUGGUCAUCAGUGUGUGAGCGUGUGAUUUCAAAUGAACCAGCAUUCAACACUCGCUGUCCGCCUGGUUGAAUUGGAAGAUGUGAUCAUCUGGACGGAUUAUUAAACAGUUCAUGUUUUUCACAUUUUACUCUCAAUAUACACGUUUUUUGGGGGGGGAUUGCUCAUAAGAAUGUCGAAGGAGAGUCGGUACAGUCAUGUGUUUGGAAGUAUUUCAUGUGUGUGCGCACGUUCAGUCACAUAAAACCUUAGAAAUUAGAAAUGUGUCAACUCCUAAUCCUGCUUUGUUUUGGUCACACGGGAUUUAAAUUAAUCUCUCGUGGAUUCAGGAUUCAAAUUCAUGUCUGUUGGCCCUUUAUUUGUAAUCUAAAGAUGGCGGACGUGUCAUUCAGCCAUAAUAUUAACGCCAAUUUCACAAGUUAGGAUGCGUCUUCUCAGCUGUGCCAACACCACAUCUUUGGACUCAGUACUUGUGUGACCCCCAGUUUAUUGAGUUCACCUCUUUCUUUCAGUCAUAUUGUAUAUAACAACAAUCCAACAAUGCAAUAAAAACUUUAUUGCACUCAGACUGGGAGGCGAGCCACUGCGAGGGUCAGGCGAUGCCGAACUGUUGAGAGUCUUUAAAUGUGGAACUCUACAGUAAUGAAACCCUGUAUAGCUCAUCUGAAUCAGGUGAUGUUGUUCUUCAAUUCUUCUACAAUGACCUUCUCUCUCGUUUCUUUUGCUCCGUGCUGUUUUAAUGAAUCCUUCUUUUGACAUUGUCAGGUUGAAAACAUAAAUUAAUAAUAAUAUCUGUUUCACGCCGAUCUCUAAAGCUUCAGGCUAUAGCGUUUCAAAUAAAGUCAAAACAAAUGCAAAAGAAAAAGGAAAAAAAAUACUGAAAGCUGUUACUGUAAACACAACAUUUUAAAGGAACUGUGUAUGUAAAAAUAGUAUAUGUAUGUGAUUGAAAAUAAACAACAUCUUUGAUCUUGGA